CGGCACCCAAUUGUAGACUCAAUUAUGUAUAAAAUGAACAUAAAGUAAAGUGAGGCAGAAAUAGUGAGAGAAAUGGGGACAGCCCUAACUUUUAUAGGAAUGGUGCUGGUUAUUCUAGCUCAAGUUGGCUCUUUGGUAAUUAACAAACUAGCCUUCUCCAAUGGCAUCAACAAGUAUGUUCUUUUAGUUUACACUAAUGCCCUCUCCACCCUCAUUCUUCUUCCUUGUUCAUUCAUUUUUCACAGAUCACAGAGGCCUCCGUUGAGCUUCUCUGUGCUUUUAAGGAUCUUCUUGCUGGCGCUUAUCGGAGUGGUUCUAAAUAUAUUUUCAAGUGUUGGUAUAGAGUACAGCUCUCCAGUGCUUGCUACAGCCAUGCUUAAUCUCAUCCCGGCUUUUACCUUUGCACUGACUCUCAUUUUGAGAAUGGAGAAACUGGAUUGGAGAAGCAGAAGCAGUGUGGCUAAAUUAUUGGGAACCAUAGUAUCAAUUACUGGGGCAUUUGUUGUCACAUUUUACAAGGGCGCAACGUUGUUGAAGACGCCAAAAUCAAGUUGGAUUCUUGGAGGAUUUUUCCUUACAGCUGAAUCCUUUUUAAUUUCAGUUUGGUACAUUUUACAGACGUUCAUUCUCCGGAGUUUCCCAGCAGUCGUUACAGUUAUGUUUUACUACUGCUUCUUUUGCACUAUAGUUUGUGGGGUGUACAGCUUCGUUGUAGUCAAUGACGUAGAUGCUUGGCGGUUAAGGCUUGAUAUCGGACUGGUUGCUCUUUUAUACAGCACGAUUGUUACUACUGUGUUUAAAAACACCUUAUGCGCGUGGUGCCUAUGGAAGGCGGGACCUCUCUACGUUUCUAUGUUCAAGCCGUUGGGAAUUAUUCUUGCUGUGCUCUUAGACUUCGUCUUCUUAGGCGAAUCCCUUCAUCUCGGAAGUGUGAUCGGAGCAAGUGUAAUAGUUGUCGGAUUUUAUUUAGUAAUGUGGGGUAAAGCCAAAGAGGAGUAUGUAAUUGAUCAUGAUACAGAUUUGGGUAGAAAAGCUCCUUUGCUACCAACUAAAAUUAAAUCAGAAAUCGUGGUGGCUUAGCCUUUUUGAACAUGAAAUAAAACAGUUAAUAUAUGUUCUUGUCUAGCGGCCACUGACCAGCAAUAUCCUAUGUGAUGGAUUCGGUUCAUCUUAAAAAAAAUUGAGUUCCUGAAACAGAAGGUUGCUCCAUGAUUUUUUGGUAUCUAUUUUAUCAUAACCAUUUUCAACACAA